AUGAGUCCUUCGAACCGUGGGCCAUUACUAGGUCCGAGAAUUCCACCUGUUGCCGGUCUCCGGCCUCCGCCGCUUCCACCUCCGAGGUUUGGUGGCAGACUUCCACCUCCUCCAAGAAUGCCUCCACCUUCUCCAAGAAUGCCUCCACCUCCUGUGCGAAUGCCACCACCACCUCCACCCCCGCCUACACCUCCACCUCCAGGUUUUGGACCGAUGAGGCAAAGAUUGCCAUUUAAUUGGCCUGGAUUUGGGCCGAGAGUCAGAGGCAUGGCUCCAAUGGUUCCUCCGAUGGGUCUGCGACCUGCGGGACCCAGAGGACCACCGAUGAGGCUCUGGCACAGGAAAGCAGCACCACUUCAAGCCUUGCCUCACAUGAGACCAAGAUUUGCCAUGGGCAACGGGAUUCUCCAGGGCAGAGGGAUGAAUAAUGUUAGAAAAGUCAGCAGACUCGAAGAAUUGGAACUGAAGAAGCCGUGGAUGACCGAUGAGAUUCGAAGCGAGAUACAAAAGAAAAAUAAGUUAUACGUCAAAGCGAAGAAAAACAAGGAUGCGAAGGAAUGGGAAGAAUUUAAAGAUUUAAGGAACAAAGUAACGAAAAUGAUCAGAGAUGCUAAGAAUGAUUAUCUCACGAAAAAUCCUGAACAGGCCCAUCUUUACGCGAACGACGAUGAACCGUACGAUCAGAGGGACGAGAAUUACGUCAGUUCGGAGAACGAGGACUUAUUUUACUGCGAAAUAUGCGACAGGGACUUCCCUGAAGAGGCUGCACUCGCUGAACAUGAAAAGGAACAUAAACUCUGCGGGAUUGACGGAUGCAACAUCGUUGCUCAUCCGAUGCUCGUUGAAAAGCACAUUGCUAUGCAACAUAGCACUGGUUUGUAUAACAAAAUUAAAAAUGUAUCCACACCAGAAGAUAUCGAAAAAUGGAUAAUGGAAAGAAAGAAGAGGUAUCCUACGAAAGCUAACGUCGAAUUGCGAAAAGCGGAAGAGACAGAAAAGAUACAGAGAGGCGAGAUAAUUAAGCAGACGCAAGAUGUUCCUAAAAAGAUGCGAAAGAUGCGCUCCCACAAUCGUAGGAAAACGAUAUCGAGAAAUAUUAAGGAGUCUAGUGCUAUUGUAGAACAGAAGGAAACGUACAGAGGUCUACAAGCAUUUCCUGGAACUUUAAUCUUGAAGCAAGAAGAAGAAGAAUUAAAAAAUAAUGGGGAAGAUAGUGAGAGAAACAUUAAUUACAUUUCUGAUGAGGAAGAAAUGCCAGCCGCGUUGCCUAGAUUUACGGUUUCCACAUGUAGUGCAGUCAACUUGGUAGCAAAUUAUGGGAAUACUUCCGAAGAGAGUGAACCAGAAGAGGUACCAAUUAAGAAAAUAAAAUCAAAUAAUAACACAAUCAUAAAAGAAGAUUAUAAAAUAGAAGAAGGCGUAGCAGAGUCAAGUGACAAUCGGACACACGAGUCUUGUAAUUCGUCACCGAAAAAUUCUACUCGUAAAUUUGUUAAAAGCAAACAGAGUAUAAAUCGGAACAUGAAGCACAAGGUACAAAAGCCAACAGAAAAGAAACAGCCGUAUACCUCGCACUUACUCGAAAAGCUACUCUCGGGUUCUAUUCAACACGAGAGAAACUUAAUUUGUCAAUGUGUUAAAUAUAUAGUGGAUAAUAACUUCUUCGAUUGAAAUUGUACAAUAAUUUAUUAUUGAUAUUCUACCUCACUUUUCAUAUAAAAAUACAUUUGCUUUCUAUGAAAACACUCAAUUGUUAUGAAUAUAAUAUUAAAUUAAUAUAUAAUAUAUAAUUUAUAUUACAGUU